CAUCAGAUGGCGUCUCUCACAGUCAGCGCGCAUCAGAACAGCCCGAUGAACAGACAGUCCGCGUUCACCAUAGACAGCAUCCUGGGACUGAACAGACCGGAUCAGAGAACAGCGCUGUCAGCACCUUACCGACCCUGGACAGACGUGAAACCAGCAUGCCAGAAUCGUCGCGUGGUGACAGACAGUGAAGCUUCAGUGGAUGUGAGAGUGAAUGAAGAUGGUAAAUCUGACAGUAAAUCACCAGCAGACUCGUACAGGAGAACACUGAACUGGUAUAUCGGGCGCAGGCCGCGGACGGCGUUCUCUAGCGUUCAGAUCAAGAUAUUGGAGAGUGUGUUUCAAGUGAACUCAUACCCGGGCAUCGAUAUACGUGAAGAACUUGCUAAGAAACUUCAUCUAGAUGAGGACAGAAUUCAGAUUUGGUUCCAGAACAGAAGAGCAAAGCUGAAGCGCUCACACAGAGAGUCUCAGUUUCUCAUGGUGAAAAAUGUCCUUAAUGAUUUACAAACCAGCAGAGAAGAACGCUGACUGUCACAUUUUAUCAUAUUAUUUCUAUCUCUCUGCCUCUGUUGCGAUAUUGUAAUUUAUUAUAUGUCUUUACCACUUAUGUAAUUAAUAAUUAUCUCUCACUAUGUUUUAAAUGCUAAAUGUGUGUGUUUACUGAAAAUAUAAAAUAAUAA